AUGACGGCAGCGUCCGAUUCCCCACGGUCCAGCCCCUGUACAAGCUACACGACAACCUCGAACAGGACCACUGCUGACACAGUCACCUCGGACACAACCUCGCACACUGUCGGUAUCCACGUGUUCUACAACACCACCAAUCUCAUCCGGGAGUUGCACCACAAGGGCGAUUCCUGGGUUGAGGGACACUUCCAUGCGGAAUGUAUCCCCGGGACGCAGAUCGCGUGCAUCAGCUGGCUCGAUAAAGCGCACCCGGGUGCCCGGCUGUAUUUCCAGGCUGGACAUGAGGUCUCUGCUAUUUCGGAGUAUGUGUGGACGAAGGGCAUUUGGUCGGCGGGGAGACUGGCGCUGCCUCCUGCAUGA